AUGGAGCCGCCCCGAGACAUGGGCAAGGUUUCCAACACAGAAGAUAACCGCAACGGGCGGGUCCAUUCCCUGUACACAGCCCAGAGGAUUCCCCGUACCAACUUGGAAAACACACAUGCUAGAGGGCCGGAGUUCUCUUCUGCAGCCCGUAACAUCCAGGAGCAGGGCAAGACCUUGAAUCGGCCCAAAGACGAGGCCAAGGAGGGUCCUGGGCACCGGCUGCUGAAUAUGCUGAGAAAAACUCUUAAAGGGUCUGAAAGUAAAGAACUAGAAGUAACACCUGAGGCACCAACUUUGGUGCCAUUUGGGGAUGUGGUUGGCUGCCUAGCCAUUCAUGUAAAGAACUGCAAACAUUUUACGCCUAAGAUCGGUUUACAACAUUACAGUAAUUUGUUCAUUCGUGUCUCUAUUAACAACGUGGUGAAAUGUACAAAAAAGUGUAGCUUGCUACCCCCAAACAAUGAAGAGGACACUGUAAUUACAUUUGAUGAAGUGAAAUAUUUUUCUGUACAGGUUCCUCGACGUCAAGAUGAUGAGAAGAAUAAUAUUUACUUAGAACUAAUGCAACAUGACAGUACAAAAUAUCUUCUCUUAUUAGGGAGUGUUCAGGUACAUCUUUAUGAAAUAAUUCAGAAAGGGUGCUUUACUGAAGAACUCCGAAUGUUGAAUAAAAACACAUUUAUCUGCAGGGCGGAAGUGGAAUUUAUGUUCUCCUAUGGAAACUUUGGUUAUGGAUUUUCACAUCAGUUAAAACCUUUUCAGAAAAUUAUUAAGCCAUCUAUGUUUAUGAAUAUUGCACCACCUCCAGAAAGAACAGACCCUGUGACAAAUGUUAUUAUACCACAACCAAUAGAAUAUCCAGCAUUCUUAUCCCCAGACCUGAAUGUUUCUGUUGGGGUGCCAACUACAGCAUCCCAAUCCAACCAGCCAUCUGUAGUACGACUUGAAAAACUUCAGCAACAACCCCGGGCAAGGCUAGAAAAAAUGAAAAAAGAAUAUAGACGUCUGAGUACAUGGAUAGAAAAAGCUAGCUACUUAGAAGGAGUUCUUACCCCAAGAUUGGAAUGUAAAGAAUCUAAGGAAAGUAAUACCAAUGAGGUACUUGAAAGCCAAUUGGAAGAGAGACCUACAGAUAUUGUAACAUCAGAUAUCCGUCUUAUAAAGGAAGAAGCUGAAACUAUUCCAAAUGAGUUACUGGAUAACGAUGAUAAGAAAGGCCUGAUUCUACCAACUUUGAACCAGUCGGGUGAAGAUGAUUCAAAUGUUGUUGCUCCUAAAAGUGACAUGUCAACAAAGGAAACAGAUGCUCCAUUGCCCACUAUUCCUAGGCUGACGUUAACAGAAGAGGACAAAAUACCAUCUUUAGAGGAACACCAGCAAGAAGCUAUGCCGGAGAUAAAAAUGAAAAAUCUAUUCUUCCCACGAAAAGAAAAACUGAAAGAUAGAUAUCCAAGCCUUUUAAAAACUGACUCAUCUUCAUCAGAGGUGGCGUUUUCACCAAAAGAAUACAUUUCACCAUCUUUCAAACCAGAAUAUAUAGAAUUCAAACCAAAAUAUCAGUUCCAGAAAUUCAACAUCAAGAAUGGUUUUGAUCCUUUUCUAAGGAAUAUAAACAACAAAAUGUCAGUCAGAAAAAGGAAAGACCAAGAUAUGUUCAAAUGUAGAAAUAUUUUAAGUGCCGAGGUUAUAGAGCAUGAAGACCAAGAUCCUCCUUACCCAACACAUUCAAAACCUGCAAGCCCUGCUAAUAAAACCUGGCCCCAUAAUCUUGAUAUCAUCGCAAUAAAGGGUUUAGACACUAAGAAUAAGUUAGCCAGUGAUCCUGGUAUCACCGCACUAAAGACUUCAGACCCUAAGAAUAAGUUAGUCCACGAUCCGGGUAUCAUCACAAUAAAGACUUUAGACACUAAGAAUAAGUUACAGGAAAGGCUACCAAAUGUAUCUUUACCAAACUUUGAGGGAGAAUCAUCAAUGACUGGAAAAGUAAAUGUAAAUAAAUGUUGCCGCUCAAAUUCAUUAAGUCUUACUUCCCACAUAGAAAAUUUAAAACAAUCAAUGGUGCUCAAGUUAAUUUUAAGUAAAAAUCUGCAAGACCUUUCAGAUAGAUUAUUUUCUACACCUGAAGUUUCUGUGGACACUGAAGCAAGAAAGAAAAGUCAUAGUUCUCCACUUCUGGCUCUUCAUGAUGAACGACCAAGUAGUUUAGAAGGCAAGGUAUUUGAAAAAACUCACGAUUUAAAUAGCUGGCUUUCAGAAGGAGACAUUUUAAAUUCAAAGUCUCUUUUAAAUCAAAUAAUUAAAGAUAUUCCCGCAGAUUCACUUUCAGAAGGUGGACCAGGAAAUUCUACAGAGGUAGAAAAGGAACCUGUCUCUGAAAAACACUUAGAGGCUGGUGAGAUAGAUUUUCCAAUUAAAAAAAAGAGUAGUUUCAAAAAGAAACAUUUAAAAAGUGAGGUAUCUAGCUCCAAACCAGAUUUGAAGAGCCUUGUAUAUGAUUAUGUUAUAAAGCAAAUAUUCACUGCACCGAUCUUCUCAGAGUUGGGGAGAGGAGUGAAAGAAACGAGUGAGACACAGAUAAACUCGCAGAGUCAAUUACCCACAGCUUGGGAGAGUUCGCCUUCCAAUGUUCUAGUUCACGAUGAAGAAAACAAUAAUGAAAUAGAAUAUCCGCCGGCCAAAUCCGUUAUAAGCCAAAUAAUACAAGCAUUUCCUGUAGAUACUCUUUUAGAAUCAGGGAUAAUCAAAGUGAUAGAAUUAGAUAAAGAAUACCAGAAGAGUUUUUUGCUGUAUACAGAGACAGCUUUUGCUGAAGAAAAGCCAAAGGAUUCCACAGAGUAUUAUUCAGAAAUCAGAAGCAAAACAGAACCUCUUUCAGAGCAGAAUACACCCAUCAUUCACAAAGAAACCACUUCUUUUAAUGGAGUUGAAUUCAUAGACAAAGGCCAAAAUAGAUCCCCACAAGAUUCAAAAUAUCAGUCGACACCAGAUAAAAAAACAGAUUUGCCAAGUAAUGGUCAGAGGCUUGAUAGAGAAGAAAAUGAUCUAAGUUCUACUUUAGAAAAUUUAAGUAACGCACUAAUGGGUAAACUUAAUAACUCUCAGGUAAUAAUGUUAAAAUCCUUUUUGAAAAACACAUUUAAUGUUUUUUUCAAAUAUAGUCAGUCUAAAAGCAGACAACCAGAAAAAGAAUUAGAAAGACUAAUUGAACAUCCUUUUCCAAGUCUGACAGAAGACCUUGAAGAAAUCGAAGAGAAUUUUGAUAAAGUAGACAAAUUGGACAGAAAACCUAUUUUGAAUCCAAAGCUGCGUGUAUUUCUAGAAGAACUCUCAGAGUCAGAAAUAAAAAAUUUAAAAUCUGAAUUAAGUAAACAUAUCCAGCAUUACCUUGUAGAAAGGCUUUCAGAAUCAGGACAUAUCACCAAAGAGGACUUACCAAAAAUCUAUCAAAAUCUGUAUUUGAUGAAUGAGAAAGUAGAACCAAAAGGGCAAAAUAUUUUUCUGGAGAAAUAUUCAGAAACUGUAAAAGAAAUCAUGUCUUUUGUAAAUAAUUUUAAUCAUCAUUUCAUAGACAAACAUUUGGAAAUAAAGCUAAGAUCUUUUUUAAAUGAAAUUCUCCAAAACUAUUUCCUAAAAAACCUUUCAGACAACAGUUUAUUUAAAGACGCAGAAUCUGAGCCUAUACACUCAAAUGUAUCUUCUCUAAGAGCUAAAAGUGCCUCAAUAUCUUUUCAUGAGUUAGGACAAGAUAUUUCAAGAGGGAGUUUUGGAAGUAGGCUUGAAAUAAACAUGAAAUAUCCCUUAAGUAAAUCUCUACAAAACUAUCUUAUAGCUUUAUCAGAAAAUGAAUGCUUAGAUCUAAAAGCUGAUUUAAGCAAACACCUCCAGAGCCUUUUUAUAGAAAAACUGUCAAAAUCAGGACUAAUCACAGAAAGGCAAUUAGAGGGUAUAAGCCGGCAUAUAAAUUUGGUUAAUUCUACUUCCACACCAUUAAAAUGUAUAAAGCCAGAUUUGUCUUUAAGAGAUGAAAAUCAGUUUGUGGAGGACCAUUCAGAAAAGCAAAAUAAAUAUUCAAAAAUUGCUCAGAAAACCACUUUACAAAAGCUUUCUGAAGAUAGACUUGUAGAAACAGAGUUGACCAAAAAGGAAGAAAAGGAACAUUUUUCCUUAGAGAAUAUUAAAGAAAGUCUAUCAAUAAUUCAGGAACAGAAAAGAUACUAUCCUAAGGAAGCAAAAAUACUGAGUUUAAUUAAAGUACAACCUUGUUCCAACAAAAAUACCCAGGCAAUUCCAGUAAAUAAGUCAUCAGAAAGACUUACAGAUACAAUGCCUAAGAAACAAAGGAAAGAACACGGUUUCAUGCAGUUUCCUCAAGCAGAGAACUGUGGUUUUAAAACAGAGAUACAAGACCCACAUAGUUGGAGUGGUAAAUCAAAAAUAACUCAAUCAAAUGCUUGCUUUGAAAAGACACUGAAAAUGAAGUCCCUUGACAAAAAAGAGCACAAUAACACCUAUAAAUUGAUAGUACAGGAAAAACCUGAAGCAGUACUGUCACCGUAUCCAAGAAUUCCUAAUUGCAAGAUGCCAAAUGAAGAUGAGGAAUACGUAAACAAACUCACUUUUCCUUCCAGGCAAAGUAAUACUCUAACUCGCCUCAAUGCAGAGGCUGGAGAGAAAUCAAAAUUAGAAGACCAGUAUCAUCAGAGAUUGAAAGGAAAUAAUAACAAUUAUAGAAAACAACAUUUAGUAACAUUUGCACGUUACAAAGAAGAAAUACAAACUCUUUAUAUAAAACCAAACAAACUUUGCAACAAAAAAUGUGCCAAGGUCCCUGAAUCACAAUUGCUUAAAUAUAAAGUUUUGAUAGCUGAGAAAAACUCAAAACCAUCCCUCUUCCUGGAAGUACUAAAGAGAGAAAAUCUAAAGCCCAGGGUUCAAAAAGAAAGAGACCAUGUCAGCAAACAAAAAAAGUCAUUUAACAAGAUAGUUAGUAUAUUACCAACCACACUGCCCACCACAGGAAUUCUUCUAAGAAAAUCUGUUCCAAGGGCAUUGCUUCAUUGGACUGCAAGAAGAACUAUACACGAUUGUUCGGAUAGAGUUGAGGAUUUACAUGUAACUUCAUUUAAGCAUCUUGAAAAAGCAAAAUCAAGAGCAAGGCUUUUAGGAAAGAGCCCAAAUGCUAGCCAUAAUCAGUUAAAACGCUCUGCAAGACCGUAUACUGCUCCAGAGGUUAACAAACGAGAAAGCUACACUGGAAAAUUUACAAGUCUUCGAAUGGUUUCAGCAGGCUUAGUUCAUAUAAAUGAUUCAGUCCCAGAUUAUGAAAUCCAUAAAAUGCGGCCAAAAAAAAAAAUUAAAAGAGUAUAUUGAAAAACGUUCGCUCAUUUGUGAUAUUAUCCAGAUGUUAAACAGUUCAGAAUGACGUGUGAGGCCAACAGUCAGAAUGUCAUUUCUCCAAUUAACAAAAUGGUUUGGAGAUCUGUCCUUUUGUGUGAUAGAAGUCAGUAACCAAAUUUCAUCUUGUUAGAACCAUUUUGUUUUAAUUAAAAUGAAAAAGAAACACUUUUGAUGUAAAUGUGUUUUGUUUAUGAAUCUUAGAGAACCUCAGAGAUACAUAGUCAUUAGUGAAGUUUUAUUUCCCAACUUUUCCCCUUUUUCACUAUUCUCUGAUUUUCCAAAUCUUUGCUAUGCCCUAAAUUAUCCCUGACCACCCAGUGUCAGGGUCUCUAUUUGCAGUUAUGUAUGUUCAGCCUUUUGUUAUGAAUAUACUUUAACUCUUCAGCUCUAGAUUCAACAGUAUGCAAUUCCCUGGGCCUAUAGAACAUCUAUUAAUUUCAAUAUCAUCUGAUAUUACAACUUUUUACACUAUAAAGAUAAUAAAAAACAAGUUUCAUACUACUAAUUCCUGAGACUUCUAAUACACUGGAGUGACUUUCUAGCUUACUCGAAAAACUAUGAGACAGCCUCUUUAAUAACAUGAAACUCAGGAAGAAACUGUAUAAAACAAACUGCAUUAAAAAUUAUCUAGCUAAAUCAGCAUAGGAUUUAAAUUAAGAGACUUUUGAGAAUUGGUUCUAUUCUUAUCAAAUACAAUAUUUGAAUCUUGCUGAACUUUGGUUCACUCUUGAGGAGUAAGAAUUUCAAUUUAUAGAAUUUUUGUCAGUUUCCAUUUUUCUACCAUAAAUCAAAGUUUAUGGAGUUUAAAUAGAAUUGGCUGAUGGAAAACAUAAUUUCUGAUCAUUCAUUUAAUGCCAUAAUCAAGGUAGUAAUUUGGGGGGGGGAGACCAAGAAUUUCUAGUAAUUCUCAAAGUUGCCAGUACAUAUAUCAAUCAGAGUGUGACUGGGAAAGCACAAUUACCUCUGGAUCAUUCAAGUAGAAGGAACACAGGGAAUUGGUUUCAUGGGUGAUGGAACCAAGGCUAAGAAACUAAAAGGGAUGAUAUGGCAAUCCAGAGAUUGGCAAGAGCAGAAAGUGAUAGCACCCCUCAGGACAUCAGGAAGAAGUGGUGUGACCAGUGUCCUAAAGCCAGAAUACAAAGAAGAUACAGCCACUGACAGACACCACAAGAAACAGGGGAGUGGGGAAGGGGGUGAGAUAUAACUAUGUUUCUUCUCUCUCAUCCUGCUCUCUAAUCUCCUGCUAUUGCCUCCCUGGAAACCAGAGAGAGUGAAGGGGCAUGGGAAAUGUAGUUCCCAGUGAAGCAGAGCAGAGGAAAAGUGGAGAAAUGGAUUUGAGAGCUAACAGGCAACUAACCAACAGUACUUAUGGGGAAAACCAUUGAUCUAGCUUGCAGUAAAGGAGGAAAUAUUUACUAGAUGGAAAUCUCAAGUCACUUUGCCUCAUUAAACUUUUAACAGCAAUAUUGUGACACAGUCAAAAAUUUCCUACCAUGGAAAUAAAAUUAAUAUGCCAAAGAUUUUGCUAAACACUACGUUCUCAUGAAUAAGACAGUAUUCUCAAGGAGUCCACAGUCUAUUGGGACAUAAACACAGAAGUAGUUAUAGUAGAGUUGUGUAAGUGCUGUUGGGGAAAGUACUAUAGAAACUCAUGGGAGGUCAUUUUGGCCAAGGUGAAUCCUUCAGAAAGCAGAUACCAAGAUGAGAUUAGCCAUGUACAGUAGGCAGAAUAAUAACCCCUCCCCCAGCAACAUACAAACAUCCCAAUCCCAGGAAACUGUGACUAUGUUACCUUACAUGGCAAAAGAGAUUUUGCAGCUAUGAUUAAAUUAAUGAUCUGGAGAUGGAGAGACUAUCCUGGAUUAUCUGGGUGGGCCCAACAUAAU